AAGGAAAAGAUAUUCCCGCACUGUCGUCCCUUUCACACUCUCCUUCCCAUCCCUCUCUGCUCCCAAAUCUCGCAGAACCCUUCACUCACUCUUCUCUUCCUUCUCCACUUCCGCCGCCACCGCCGCCACAUCCACCGUCGCUUGAUUUCACGAAACCCCACAUUUCCAAACCCAGAUUCGACAAAAACCUCUGAAACCAACACUCAUCUUCUAGCUCAGAAACCACAACAAACCCCUGCUUCAAACCGGCUCCCAUUCUCGACCAAGCAACUACGGUCGACUCUGUCAAAAGGGAACACAAAAGGGAUUCUCUUUUGUUUUAGAUUUAUUUUGUUAGUGUGUGUGCUGUCGAAAAUCUUAGUAGUGCUGGUUUGCUGGUAUGUGUAAGUAAGAAUCCCAAAAUCCAAAAUUCUCAUCGAGGGAAAUCGAAGAGCUAUGAGAGGGCCGCUGGGACCAGUGAUAGGGAAGUAUCCAUCAUCGAGUGAUGCUAAUGGUGGAAUGGGGAAUGGAAACAAUGAUAUCAUCAAACACAACAGGAAAUGCAGAGAUUUGGUGUUUCUUGUCAUAUUCAUUGCCUUUUGGAUUGCAAUGAUUGUUAACUCCAGCUUUGCUUUCAACCAAGGAAACCCAUUGAGGCUAAACUACGGGCUGGACUAUAAAGGGAAUGUUUGUGGCGAUAGACAUGGUGAUCGGGAUCUGCGUGAAGUGGAACUCAGAUAUUGGUUAAAUCCCAAUCAGGUUUACCAAAGUGGUGUGAAGGACAGCAAAUUUGAGCUCUCCAAUGCUCGGAGUAUUUGCUUGAUGGACUGUCCUAUCCCAUCCGAAGACUCCCUCAAUUGGGUCUGUGAUUAUCCUGAGGGAGAUAUCCGUAUCUCAUUGGAUGAUUGGAUUGAUAGAAAUUAUGAUUAUUUUGCGGACUUGACUCCUGAACUUAGGAACACUUCUCUUCAGCUGCAGGGUCCCUGCUAUCCCGUUAUAUUUCCUAGCGUCAAUGUCUUCUGGACCUGCCAGUUCAUUGCACGUGCAUCAAAUGUAUCUUUGAAUCACUGGGAGCAGAUGAAUGGAGUGAAAAUUAUAGAGGAUAUCGCCAUUGACCGAGCUAUCCACAAAUCAAUUAACUCUCGGUCAUCAGUACUAAAGAGAUAUGUGGCUGAUGUCGGGAAAUCUUGGCCCGUACUGCUUGUCUGCGGAGGAUUUCUGCCACUGUUCUUAUCAAUCAUAUGGCUUUUAAUGAUCCGUCAUUUCGUUGCUGGGAUGCCAUGGAUCACUGUCGUCGUUUUCAAUGUCCUCAUGGUAUCUGUGACAAUGUUUUACUAUUUGAAAGCUGGAUGGAUUGGAAGUGAUGCCAUCUCCCCUAUCAUUGGUGAGCACGACCCAUAUUAUCGUGUGUCAGCAAGGGAGUUGAAUCAUCUCCAUGCAGCUGCUGUUUUCAUGACCAUUUUGAUGAUUGUUGCUUUUCUCUCCUCCAUUGCUAUAGUCCGCCGUAUUCUUAUGGCAACAUCUGUCUUGAAGGUUGCUGCUAAGGUCAUCGGAGAAGUCCAGGCAUUGAUAAUUUUCCCAGUUAUACCAUAUGCCAUGCUAGCUAUUUUCUUCAUGUUCUGGUUGUCGGCUGCCCUUCAUCUUUUUAGUUCCGGAAGCGUGCAGCAAAAUGAUUGCGGUGCUAACUGCUGUGCUUACAAUCUCAAAGAAAAGCGGCUGAGCUGUAAUAGUUGCUGCGGCUAUAGCAUUCAUUACACUUCUCAUAUUACUGCUGCAAUCCUUUUCCACCUAUUUGGUGGCUAUUGGGCCACCCAAUUUUUUAAGGCAUGCUCAUCGACUGUGAUUGCUGGUUCGGUUGCUUCAUACUAUUGGGCUCGAGGAGAAACAUCGCCUGAGGUCCCUUUCCUUCCUGUUUUUUCUUCAAUGAAGCGGCUUCUACGCUACAGCCUAGGAUCAGUUGCUCUCGGUUCUCUAAUUGUGUCUUCCGUUGAAUCAAUGCGUUUUAUACUCGAAGCUCUUCGUCGUAGACUUAAGCAUGUUAAUCCCAUGCCCGGGAGCUGGAUCGGGAAGGUGACGUAUCAGACUUCGCAAGGCUGCCUGAGGCUCAUCGGAUGCAUCAUCAAAUCCGUGAACCGCAACGCCUACAUCAUGAUUGCAAUAACAGGGAAAGGUUUCGUCAAGGCCUCCGAGAUUGCAACGGAGCUGAUAAUGAGCAACGUGCUUCGGAUCGGGAAAGUGAACGUGAUAGGAGACGUGAUCCUCUUCCUCGGGAAGCUCUGCGUCAGCCUUGCCAGCGCGCUCUUCGCGUUUCUAAUGCUGGACACGCACAGAUACAAAUCCGCACACAACAAGAUCACGUCCCCUCUGUUUCCUGUACUGGUACGCGAACACACACACACACACAAACGCUCGCUAUCUCUCUCUGUGGAUUAUAGAAACGCGAGUGAUGGAGUUGGUUACGCAGGUUUGCUGGGGGUUCGGCUACAUAGUUGCGACGCUCUUCUUCGGGGUGGUGGAGAUGUCCAUCGACACGAUAAUCCUUUCGUUCUGUCAGGACUCGGACGAACACCAAGGGACUGCUCAGUAUGCUCCUCCAUUGCUUAUUGAAACUCUCAAUGAUCAAAAUGAGAUGCAAAGACUCACACAAUGAGUCAUUUUGGAUCACUCCCUGUUGUAUGUUUCACAAUGGCACUUGCUUUUCUAAUGCAAAACUCUUGAUAUAUAUACCUAACAAAUAUGCCAA